GAAAAACAUCGAAUUAAAUAAGUGACAAGUUUCGUAUCAGAUCCACUGCGGCCUUUAUCUGCUGGUUGAUCAGAUGAUCCGUUUCUAGGUAGAAAAAGGCGCGCCCUUACUCUCAAGUCCACGCCCUGGCUGAACAAGUUCUAUCGUGUGCGGGGCAGCACAUUCACUACCGAUUUUGACGGACCGACAAGGGAGGGUUUGAUUGACCAGUUACGUGAUGCUUAAAGAACCUUGAUAUCUGACGUACAUCAUUGCUUGGUUUCGUAUCGAUAUACCUUUCACUUCACUGUCGCUCUAGGUGGGAAAAUGGCCAUCCUCCCAAUUGCGGCAGCUGUGCUCGCUGUCGUGCUCUUCAUCAAGCACAUCUUCCUCGACCCCCUCAUCCUCAGCCCUCUCCGCCACGUCCCCGGCCCCAAAUCAUUCGCCGCGACAAAAUGGCGUCUUGCCUAUGAAGACUGGAAAGGAACGCGAACUCGCACCAUUUUCAAACUGCACCAACUAUACGGACCAGUCGUGCGCAUCGGGCCUCAUGAGGUCUCCUUCAACAGCCUCUCAGCGCUGCGAACCAUCUACGGACCCGGAAGCCGAUAUGGCCGAACUACUUUCUAUCGCAUGUUUGAUGUCUACGGGGAGCAGAAUUUGUUCACGUUCCACUCACCCAAGGAGCAUGGUGAUAGGAAGAAGCUUUUGUCGCAUGCUUAUUCCAAGUCCGUUGUUCUCAAGCCGCCGACCGCGAAGAUGGUUGAGAGGAGGGUUCGCCAGUACCUGGAUCUGAUUGAAGCCGAGCCUGAGAAUAUCAGUGAGAUUUUCAGCACUCUGCACUAUUAUUCUCUGGACAACAUCACAGCUUUUGUCUACGGAAAAUAUGGCCAGACUGCAGCGAUUCGAGGCUCAAAAAUUCAUCGGGAACUCAUCGCGGAUAUUCUGCAUCCCUCGCGUCGAAAGCUCUCUUGGUCCAUCGUGCAUCUGAAGACUUUGACUCAAUGGCUAUAUCGCCAGUCAGGAUUGAUGGGACAACUCGUCAAGCCGGUUCUUCCGAUGCAGCAGCCUACUACAUACACCGGCAUCCGAGGAUACGCCCUGCGGGCUUUUGAGGCUUUCCGAGCCGAUGUGGAGAAGAUCACUCAUUCAGAGGAUGAACAUGUUUCGAUUGUGGAAAACCUCUGGCAACAUCAUGAAUCUCAGAAACCUGGUGGACUCCGCGAUUUGCAAAUGGCAUCCGAGUGUGCUGAUCACUUCCUCGCUGGCAUUGACACCACUAGCGACACCCUCAUGUUCCUCGUCUGGGCACUCUCACUUCCAGGCAACGAGAAGUAUCAGGAGAAGCUGCGAGAAGAAGUCAUGGCCAUCUCAGGCGAUGGACUGAACCAAUGGGGCAACCCUAGAGCUGAAGCAAGUGAUCGAUGCACAUACAUCAACGCCGUCAUUAAGGAGACCCUUCGACUCUAUGCUCCUUUGCCAAGCACCGAACCUCGUUCGAUCGACAUUGAUUCAGUUAUUGAUGGAUAUUCCAUUCCUGGUAACACUGUUGUCGGCAUGUCGCCUUGGAUCAUGCAUCGCAAUGAAAAGGUGUUCAAGGAUCCCCUGGUCUUCAAUCCUGAUCGAUGGCUUGGACCUGAUGCAGCUGAGCUUAACCGAUGGUUCUGGGGAUUCUCAAGUGGAGGGCGAAUGUGCGUUGGCAUGCAUCUUGCUAUGGCUGAGAUGACAACACUCACAGCUACCAUGUACCGACAGUUUAGAACGACAAUUGCUCCAGGGUUUGAGGAUACCACGCCAGCUAUUACAGCUCGCGUCGAGACUUUCUACGAUGAUCGGUUCCCCAAGGUUCAGGAAUCAAAAUGCCUGAUCAAGUUUACGAAACUGAAGGAGUGAGAAGACAUUCUUCCAUGGGAGUUUGGAGAGUUUUGCCUAUGUCGGUUUGAUGUCCGUUUCUGUUUUCUAUAGCUGCAGACAGCCAUGAUCAAAUUACGCCAGUAAACAAACAUACGUUAAAGCAUGACAUCAUGAAUCUUGCUAUCAAGUUUUUGAAUGUUGUAUAUAGCAAGUUUUAUAGUUAAGAAUCUAACAAUAGAUAAAUACCUAUCAAAGAUAAAGC